AUGGAUUUGUUGAAAAAACAUGAUGUUUCCUCCUAUCUUCUCUCCAAAUUCUAUCCCAAGGAGUUUCAAGACAUAUUCCUUGUAGUCAAAGCUUUCAACUCAAACCUAGCAAAGAUCGCACUAGGCUCGAGCAUUGAAAGCAACCAAUUUAUCAAAUUGAAAUUCGGAUUCUGGCAGGAACAACUUGAUCGUUGUGAGAGGGAUGUUUCUGGCCCAUAUGAUAGUGCGCUUCCAAAAAAUAUGGGCGAACCAGUUGUUACUUUAGCGAGAGAAUGUAUUAGAAAAGGAAUUAAAGUAAACUUUGACAACUUACGUCAAAUGAUUACCAGCUACCAGCAUUUUUGUACAGAUGAGGGAGUUCGAGGUUUCAAAGACACAUACUCAAUUUGCUCUUUUGGUGAAGGAAUAUUUUCACAGAUGAACUAUGCUCUUCGAGAUGCUCUAUUUUCUCCGAAUUUCUCUGGAACUUCAAGAUUUUCUUUGGAGCUAAUGGAUUGUGCUGGGAGAGAAAAGCUGGAGAACCUUCUGAAUGACAUUUACGCUCAUAUAGGACAAUCUACGGCCAUUGCGUCAUUUUUGCUUGGAUCUAGAUAUUAUGCUACUUCAAGAUCUCAAGUUUUACUACCUCUCGAGUCAAUUGCCAAACAAAAUACCACUCAGGAGGAGGUACUUAGAUAUUUACAGUCUGAAGACUCAAACCAAGAGAUAGACGAAAAAAUAAGGGAAAUUGUAUUUGAUGUUGCUACCGUUGCUAACGAUCAUUUGUUGAGUGCCCGCACAAAGUUCAACGAUCUCAAAGAUGAAAUAUAUAACUUAGUUGACAAAGAAGGGAGCCUGGAGCUAAAACUAGGAUGGGAGCAAUUAAACCAUGGAGUUCCCGAUGCCAUGUUCCUCCCGAUGAUGAAUGGGCUUCCUACUAUUUGCUUUCUUGAGAAACUUGAAAAAUACGAUUUUGAACUACGAAACCCUAACCUGAGUAUAAAAGACUGGAGGCUUGCUUGGAAAACAUACAGGUCUUAUAGCAAUAGGGUUAUAUAG